AGUACUUUAAUUUUCUUCAAUGGUCGACGUCGAUUACUGUCAUUAUCAUCUGUUGCUCUGCCCACCAUCACUGAAGAAUUUCAUUAUCAAGUUUGUCCUUGGCAAAUGGCAGGUCGGUUUCAAGAAUGUUCUGAGGUCGCGAAAUGGACUCGCAGGUGA